UAGCUGCCCAGCCAAUCAGCAGCAGUAGUCUGGUUGGGCCCUCGCUCACGGUUUCCCCCCGCAGGUGACCGUGGCGAGACAGGCCGCGGCCAGAUGUGGGGCGGAAGGACUGGAGCCUUGCUCCGGGUGUGGGGGCUGUGGCCCGCAGGGGUCCGCGGGCGGAGACCUCUAGGCUACAAUGCUGCGUCUCUGGCCGGAAACAAUUCCCCCCAGUGUUGGAACUGCGGCGGCCCAGGGGUCCCCAAGCGGGGAGACGGGUUCUUCUGCCCACAGUGCCGCGCGCUGCAGCCACCUGACCUCACUCGAGAUUACUUCAGCCUCAUGGACUGCAACCGUGCCUUCGGAGUGGACACAGCGAAGCUCCAGAAUAGGUACCAGCAGCUACAGCGUCUUGUCCACCCUGAUUUCUUCAGCCAAAGGUCUCAGACUGAAAAAGACUUCUCAGAGAAGCAUGCGACCCUGGUGAAUGAUGCCUAUAAAACCCUCCUGGCCCCGCUGAGCAGGGGACUAUACCUUCUGAAGCUCCAUGGAGUAGAGAUUCCCGAAGGGACAGAUUAUGCAAUGGACCAGCAAUUCCUCAUGGAAAUAAUGGAAAUCAAUGAAAAACUUGCAGAAGCUCAAAGUGAAGCUGCUAUGAAAGAGAUUGAAUCUAUUGUCAGAGCUAAACAGAAGGAAUUGAGUGACAAUGUGAGCAAAGCUUUUGAACAAGGCGAAGAAUGAGGUGGCCAUUUGUAGAAAUGACCCAGGAGACUAUCUUUUAUAUCCAAUUGAGGUAAGUAGGGUGUUACCUUAUGGAGGCAAACUGGAUUCUAAAAGCCACUAAGAAAACUUAAACCUAAUCUAGGAUAUUACAUUAGGCAAAAGAGGUUCAUUCUUUCCUUUUUUUUCCUUAGACUAUAAUGAGGGCAAGGGAAAUGGAGAAAGAUGAAGAGAAUUUGGAAGCAUUUCACAAAUAAAGCCCAUAGGAAUUUCUAACUGAUUAAUUAAGUAUGGGGGUGAACAAGAAGGAGGCAUCAAUGAUGACGCUUAGGUUUUGGGUUAGAAACAGAAAAGCAUCUUCUGACAGCUGUAACUGGCUUGGU